CGUGCCUCCUACGCGUACUCCAAUCGCCACUCGAAUGAGCUCUUCUCGUUACCUAAACGAAACAUACACAAACAUGGCGACAAGACAGACACUCAAGAUGCUGUCUCCUCUUAGGUUUACAAUAUAUUUGUUAUUUUUCUUUUCUCCUGGGACAUUUUCUUCCACCCUUCGUCUGCAUCGAGACCUGCGUUUCUUGCUACCGCAGGACAGGGGUUUUUCUACGGUUAACGCAAAGGAAGAAUUUAUCCAUGGAAUAGGCGCGGAUGCGAAGCGACGAGCUGCACGUAGUGCAAGGGAAGACAUAGCUUCGGGCAYGUAUCAGCAUCGCAAUCGGCGGAGUGCAGUCGAACCACCCGUGCCAAAGGUGUAUGGACAGGCCAACCUGAACGAUUCCCAUAACCAGAUGGUGGUGCACUGGGCCGGGGAGAAGAGCAAUGUCAUCGUGGCGCUGGCCAGAGACAGUGUCGGAGCCACAGGUCCCAAGACUAGCUCGGUGUACGUGUCUUACGACUAUGGAACCAGCUUCUCCCCCAUCUCAGAGAAGUUUCAGCUGAGUGGGGAGAAGGAGAAAGAGGGGAACAAGCAGGUCAUCUCCCAGUUCUAUCACAGCCCYGCUGACAAUAAGAGGUACCUCUUUGCAGACAGCACCAACAGCUACCUCUGGAACUCCUUUGACUUCUGCAAGACCAUCCAGGGGUUCUCCAUCCCCUUCAAGCCCACAGAUCUGCUGCUGCACAGCAAGAGAGCCAACCUGGUCCUGGGCUAUGACGGCUCCCACCCCAACAAACAGCUAUGGAAAUCUGACGAUUUUGGAGAGACAUGGGUGUUGAUCCAAGAGCACGUGAAGGCAUAUUUCUGGGGUGUGGAGCCGUACGAUUCCCCCACCACGGUGCUGGUCCAGAGGCACGAGCCCCAGGGGGUGUCCAGCAUCCUCAGCAGCACCGACUUCUUCCAGAGCGGGCAGAACCGCCGAGUCAUCCUGGAGAGAGUGGACAACUUCCAGCUCCGGGACAAGUACAUGUUCGCCACCACUUCCACAGUAAGUGACGUUGACCUGCAAGGGAAUUAUACAUGUCAGCCAUUCUGUUGCUCUUGCAGUGUUGAGAAUGCUCAUGUUAUUAUGGAGAGGGAUGCCCACAUUGAUUAUUUGAACACGAAUUGGGUGAUCCGGCCAUAACUAUCUUCUAAUACA